ACUAAGUUACGUUGUCAAUUCGACGAAAAAGACGCGCUAUUUUCGACGAGUAACGUGGGACGAGCAUUACUGUCGAUGCGACGAAGGGUUGAGACGAUGUAACCUGGGAUCACGCGAGCCACGCUUGAGCGGUCUUGGUGACACCCGCGAUACAUGCCGCCUUGAACUCCCUCAACAAGAGGAGAUUCAAAGUGCCCUAACUACUUGAGUCGACUCAAAUGUUCCCUACUAAAUAAUACUUAUCGUCUCCUCCUCGCCCAAAUCGCCUCCUCGCAAGAAGCCGAAAUUUACUACUCGCAUCCCUCAUCACCCAAACAUCUCUCCCAUCCCAGACGUUCCCUGUAUUCCCCUUCGCUCUCCUCCCUUUCCGCUGAAGUUUCCCUGUCUGCAGGGGGAGCGGCCGAAUGGACUGCAGCGGGUGCUGUGGGCGAGGGGAUGAGAGGAGGCUCCCCUUUCUCCUUUCACCAAACUCUCCCUCCAUCCGCCUCAAGUCGCUUCCGCAUUCCUCGCCUUUUCUCCCCUCCGUCAUAUUCGUUUCCCCCUCUCCCCUCCGGAUUGAGGGAAUGGGGUGGGAGAAGGCAGAAGAGGAGCGGGAGUGGGAGAUGAGUGAAGGGUUAAGGUGGAAAGGGAGGGCAUAAUACCAACCAACCCGCCCCUCUCCCCUCUUGCUGAUCACCUCUGGUCCUACACCCAGUAUUUGCCCUGCCAUGCCAUGCUUGCCCAGCUCCUACUUUCCGCUGCUCCCUUCCUCCUUGUAUUCCCAUCCCAAUCUUUCCCUGUAUUCCCCUUCGCUCCCAUCCCAUGCUUCACCUAAACCUCUCUCCCAUGCUUCACCUAAACCUCUCUCCCAUCCCAAUCUUUCCCUAAGGGGAAUGGGAGCAGGAGAGGAGUGAAGCGUGAAGGUGGAGAGGGAGGACACAAAACCAACCAGCCUGCCCCUCUCGCCUCUUGCUGAUCACCUCUGGUUCGCCAUCCAGUAUUUGCCCUGCCGUGCCAUGCUUGCCCAGCUCCUACUUUUCGGUCCUCCCUUCUUGUCCCUGUUCCCUUCCCAGUACCAACCAGCCCCUCUUCCCUCUUACUGAUCCCACCUUGUCCUCCACCCAGUAUUUGCCCUGCCUUAGCUUGACCAGCUCUUCCCGUACGCUCCUCCCUUAUCCCUCCUUCCCUCCCUCUUCUGUCAAACAUAUUUGUAUAUGUUAUAAUAGGCUAAAUAGUGUCAACUUAUACA